UGUCUCUCGUAGGUCCUAAUUCCCCCCCCUGGCGUCGCCCCUUAAAACCAGCCCUCCGUCCGGCCGUAUAGUGCGGCAAAAUGCUGAAACCUAACCCAUCUAUCGGAUGUCCGUGUUCAUUCUCAACGCGGACGCCAUGCGGUGCGUAGCACGGAGGUUUGAUCAGAAACGAGAGCUGCUAUACGCCGGGAAUAGCUGCGUGAAAAAGUGACCGAUGACGGAUACCGGGAAGAGCACGUCGGUUACGGUGUCGAGGAAACUUCGUUAACCAACAGGAAUUCGGAUCCAGUUAUCGUGAGUGACUGUCCUCUCGAUCCAAUCGACAGGAUUCCACAACCGCGUUUGAAACGAGAAACGAAAAAAAAAAAUGUGAUUCGCGAGUGUGUGUAUUUUGUACGUGAGAGUGAGAAUUCUCUACUUGUUUCUCUACACGAUCGAUGUAUACGGAUUUUUUGUAUGGAUUUAUUGAUUUUCGAGUGAAAGACUUUUGUAAAAUUUCUUCUUAAUUAUCGACCGGGAUUGUUAAAUUGGUUUCGGUAUUGGCUACGGCGCGUGUUCAAAAAUCUAUCUCGUCCUUUCUCCACCUUUUUUCCUCUCGUACGCUACACCAUCUAUCCGUGUCACUUCGUCGCGAGAUAUCGAGGGUUUCGUCCACGUUUUACGUCUCAUUUUGUAGCUAAACGCGAUGCGAGCCGCGACGCGAUCCAAUUCGAAACGACGCUACUCUGAUCGGUAACGAAUGCUGGAUGUGAAAAAUUUGCCGACUGAAUGGAGUUAUAUUUGUGUAAUAGAUUUUCCGAUUUUCGACUAGUUUCAAAGAAUCGUGGUUGCAAACAUCGCCCCGAGAAGAGUUAUCGAUCGAAACAGAUUUUAAUGUUGGAAUUACGCGAAAGAAGAAAGUUCGUAUGGUGCUCCGAAAGUAUUGACGACCAUCGCCGAAAUAUCGAUCUCAAGAUACUUGGCCGUUUCAACCGGCGAAAGAAUUCGUGCCUUAAAUUUUCAAUAACGAGUGACCUUAGUGUUGCGAGCAGAGCAGCGAAAAUUGGUUACAAGUGCCUUAACAGUCGAAAUAGAUAAAUCGAUUCGUAAUAAAGUGUUGAAAAAUAUAAACUGAUGAUUAUUCGUUAUAAAGUUCGUCAUUAAGAAUCGCGUUUCAAUUCUCUAUUUGAAAUCGUUAAUCGUGCUUUCCUUGUAAAUAAGCAUUUAACUGGUGCUAUAUACAAUUCCUUCAGUUAUAUUGUGAUAAUACGAUUCAAAGAUCUCGAUUCUAAUUGAAACGUCACGCGACGCUCGACCAACGUACAAUUUCAAAUGUUAUCGUUGAACGUGGAGAAGAGAGAGAGAGAGGAGGCGAACGGAAGAUCCUUCGAACGUUGAUCCUUUUUCGAUAUGCAAUUUUUUUUCAAAUAUUUUCGGAAAAAUAACUACAAUUCGGAUUCCGAGGAAUAAUUUCCAAGGAGUCGACGACCGUCGUGGAGAAGAAUAGACGGUGACCUCAUGCUUUACUUAAGUCGUUGUGACCGACAACGAGACAAUUGGAUCUUGGUUCGGGUCAUCAGCUUCGUCAUUUGGUAGAAAAAAGAAAGAGCCGUGGAAUAUCGAAAGCUUCGGCAAACACGCUCGUUCGUCGUAAUGACGAAUUACGAUUUCUCAUUAAAUCGUUUUUUACGAUAAUAUCUCUUUUUCGAUCGAGAAAGAUAACAACGGCCGUUAUCUAACACAUCUCCGUUAAUAAAUCGUGAGGAGGGGAAAAAUUUCGAUAUUUCUUUUUUUUUUUUUUUUUUCCCUGUAAUAAAAGAGAUACAAUUCGUCGUUACGAUCGAAUUUAAAAAUUAAACACUUGGUGGUUUUAACUUUGUGCCGAAAUGAUAUUUUUCUAAACGAGAUAAUUACUUACAAAUAAUAACAAAUCAUCGAUGAUACUCAACAUCCCGCGAGAUAUUCUGACCCAGAUACAAACAUCGAAUCGAACAGUCGUCUAACCGUCUGUCUCUGAUAAUCAUCUUUGUCUUUCAAAGGGAGAGCGAGUUUUAUUUAUAAAGUCUAUCAAUUAGACUCGUCCUCGAAAGGCAUUAGAGUCGAUAAGCUACUCGUCCACUUCGCUAUUCUCACGACACACAAACUCGUUCUGCGCAUCGACACAAUCGAAACCUGUUAUUUUUUUUUUUUUUUUAAACGAGAAUAUCUCUACCUCGUAACGUUGAAAAAAUUUCACGCUGAACGACUUUUGCGCGUUCCAUUCGAGAAGAAAGAGAGAAAGACCGAUGAGAACCGAGUUGGAUUUUGCCAACGAUCGUUUCGUUCACACCGCCGCGUUCAACGCGUAGCACGCUUUCCUGCUCGGCCGUUGAAAACUAAAACACCGGAUCACGAUGACUACGAUGGGCGUUACGGUAUUCUGUAACAGGGUGCAAAUAAACGGGAACGAUCAAGAGCAAUUGAUGUUGUUGCGAACCCUGCAGGACAACGAGAGCAAUAUAAUCGGGAAUCAAUCGCACCUGAUCGUGCCGAAGAAUAACAACAACGGUGGCGUGAGCGCGAAUUCGGCGACGGUGCUGCCGCCUUACGACCCAUCCAGAUUGAAGAAACACGGGAAAAACGGGCAACCGCCGCCUGUCGCCGUCGCUCGAAGGAACGCGCGCGAACGGAAUCGAGUGAAACAGGUGAACAAUGGAUUCGCUACAUUGAGACAACACAUUCCGAGCCACAUCGCCGCAGGAUACGGAGAUAGGGGCAAGAAAUUGUCGAAAGUGGAAACCUUACGAAUGGCCGUCGAGUACAUUAGGGGACUUCAAAGGUUGCUCGCCGAGGCUGAUGGCGUAGAAUACGAUUCGGCGGGCUCGGUUGCCGCGACACAGCGCGUCCCGUCGCCCACCAGUAGCAUCGUUUCGUCGAGUCACAACGGUUCUGGGGAGAGGCUCGCUCUCGAGGACGACAUACUCGCCGCCGAGGACGAGGACGGGGAACAAUUGGAAGAAGACGAGGAAGUUGGGAAACGAAAAAACACGUGUUCCAAGUUAUCGCCGAAUCGGACCGCCGCAAUUCCAUCGCCCCACGAUUACUACGCUUCCUCGAUAGGCGACGAGGAGAAUCUUGAGCCGAGGACGACACUUUCGUCCUCGAACGCGCAAAAUUUCUCCCGCCUCUCCCCGAAUUCGGUAGCAUCCCCACCGUCCGAGUAUUACGGGCAAAAUGAGGAGAAUCUCGAGCCACAAAUUCUGUCCCCGUACAGCGGCGGCGGGGACAGCGAAGAGGGUGCAGCCACCGUUUACGCGGCAAGCCCGGAAACCUUUUCUGGGGCUUUGUAUUAUAAGCAGGAGAUCACCGAAUCCGGUGAAUUCAUGGACGUCGUCAGCUGGUGGGAACAGGAGCAGGGCAGGCUAGUACAUCAGCAACACACGCAACGACUCACGCACGUCUAAUAAAAAGAUUCGUCGCGGAAACUCGGAUACCACGAUUCGUUCACGAUGAUCUCGCGGAACGAAGAGUCGUUUCGGGGCGAAAUUUCUCAAGUGGCAGUUUGAGGUUAACGGACAAUCAGUACUUACCGCGCAAAGUACUUUCACAGAAGAUGGCACUGCCUUCGGUUUUUACGCUUGCUCCAUGGAUACUAUAGGACGUAAUGAAUAAGAUUGCAAGAAAGCAUUUUUCAAUUGUGCCUUAAAAAAAGCGGCCUUCUUACAGAGAAACGCAAAUAUGUCUAACGUUUUAAAUCUAGCGUGAGCAUAAAAUUAAAAAUUAUACACUCGCGAAAUUAACUUCAAAUAAAUAUUAUUUGAAGAGAAUUCCAUCUUGGCAACGAUUCGAUCUGAAUCAAAAUUACAAUUUUUGAUCGAUUUCGAGUACUGAGUCGCCGUUUAAUAAGAUUUUAACAUAUUUACGAACGAGUAAUUUUGUAUGUGUGUUAAAAUAUGAACGGUUGACUUGAAUUAAUUUUAUCCGAUGUUAUUCGUAUCGAGAAUAAUACUUGUUAAAAUUUCAAGAAGUAUAAUCAAACGAACCAGAGGCGGUGUUUAUAAGUUUCUAAAAAAUUCGAGAUUUAAAAAAACUCAAAAUUAAGCAAUAAAUCUUUCUCUAAAAAAGAAAAAAGUGAUACAUUUCACGUUCAGGAUAUAACAAUAGAUCUUAGUAUUAUCGUUAGAUUAAAAUCGAUAGAAAAUAAUAUUAAUAAAUCAAAAAAAAAAAAAAAAAAAAAUAUGUACAUAUAGGAAAGUGCCUUAAGUAAGUAAGACUCAAGAUGAAUCGUGUUGAUGACCGAUAAAACUAUUUUUUCUACUUUAUACUUUUUAACGAAACUAUUUAAGAAACAUUUUUACUAUUUAUAUCGUACAAUGUCGUCCAUUAAGAUGUUAAGGAAUCACGUUGUUAAGGCAUAUACGCUUGAAAAAGGAAAAAAAAGGAAAGAAUAAUUUUUGCGUGCCAACAAAGGAAAAUAUUAUUACCACGAUAUUAUUUAAUUGAUUGAUUGAUCGAUUGAUUAUUGUAUAAGUCUCGGUCGGUAUAUAUUUUAUUAAGAACGAGAUGAAAAAAAUUCGAACGAAGAAUUACGCGUUUGUAUUAAUUUUCUUAUUCACAAUAUGAAUAGAAGACAAAGAGAAACAAGUUUGUACUCGAAUUGAAAACAUACGAUCACACGUUAUAAGCGUUAAUACCACCCUCGCGAUGAUUUGUAAAUUUUUGCGUCAGCCCGAAGUACUUGAUUAUUAAUUUAAUUGUAUAACGAAGAACGUAACCGAUUAAUUACCGUUGUAUCGACAAUUAAACUUCUCUCCUAUUUAAUUGUUUAAAACGCACAAUACCACACAAUACGUUCGUCCAGUUCUAUAGAAGGGGAAGAGGAGGGGGGGGGGAAGAAGGGGAACGUCUCCAAUCUUAAAUUAUUCAGAAAUAUAAUAUAAAUAUAUAUUUCUGUAUAAUAUAAAUUAUACAGAAAUAUGUUUUGUAAAUACAAAGUGCCUUGUAUGAUUUGUAACUACAAAUUGUAAACUGUCUUGGAAAAAAAAAUUUGGAAUUCCAACUUUUGCAGAGAAGUUUUUAAACACGAAUUCACGAUGAAAUAUAAAUAUAGAGAUACAAAUUGGAGAACCGAAUUUUGUUCGAAGGCAAGAUUUCAUUUGUUUUUUGUUAACACGCAACGGAAAGUUUCUUCUUUAUCCAGCGAUAUCUCUUCUUUAUCCAUAGAUAUUUCUCGACUCGGCCACUCGCUAUGUUUACAUUACUGUUACACACACUAUGUUUAAAUUAUUUUACACACAAUAAAUUUCCAUUCUCAACCGGCAA